AUGGAAUAUAAUACAACAUCCAAAGAGACUUGGAACUCAGUCAAUGAAAGCUAUCCCACAGGAAGUCGAGGAAUAUAUACAGGAUACAAUAUAAAACUUUCUCUCAGUAUCACCAUUGGUGUUGUCUGCAUAUUUGGACUUGUGGGGAAUGGAACUGUCAUCUGGCUUCUUGGCUUCCGCAUUAAGAGGAAUCCUUUCACCACCUAUAUCCUGAACUUGUCUGUGGCUGACUUUGGACUCCUCAUAUCAUUGCCGUGGAUGUCUUUAGUUCCAAUGUUCUUUACUUAUGAUUUCAUUAUUAUUUAUAAUAUAUUUUUCACAGUCUUUUAUAGUAUUGGUCAACUUUUACUGACAGCCAUCAGUGUGGACAGGUGUGUGUCUGUCCUCUUCCCAAUUUGGUAUCGAUGCCACCGGCCACCACGAUUGUCCACCUUUGUCUGUGCGUUCAUAUGGGUCCUCUCUUCUGUAUUUAAUGGAAUUCCCACCAUUCUCAAUUUGUCUGGGAAUAUGCGUUUUCUCUCCAUCUAUUUUCAACUUCUUAUAAAUGCCUCUCUCUGCCUUCCACUCAUUACCAUCUCUACUUUGAUACUGUUCAUCAGAGUCUGCUUUAAAUCACGACAACAUAGGCGGGCAAGAAUCUUGAUGGUCGUCCUUCUUACCCUCCUCUUUUAUCUCUUCUUUGCUUUUCCAUUAAAUGCUGUUUUCUUAAUUACUUAUCAUUCACCUUUGGACAUAUUCAGGUAUUUGUGGGAAUGCAUGUUUUUAACUACCUCCUUAAACAGCAGUGUUAAUCCAUUCAUUUAUUUCUUUAUUGGGAAAAAGAAGAGGAGUCACUCUAGGGAAAGUGUGAAGGUCAUACUUCAGAGGGUUUUCAAGGAGGAAGAAGCCCCUGAAGCAGAAGAGGAACCACCAUUAGAAAACCAGUUAUGA